AUGCUCAGAGCAGAUUCCAAAUUAUUAGAGUUUGGAUUUGGGCAUAUAACUCAGCUUCAAGAUUCUCAAUUUGACAAUUUAAAUGGUUUGUUAUAUGUUUUGAGUUCGCUCCUGGCUCUAUAUAUUUCGAUUUGCUCCUUUUUCAUCGAAGGUUCUUGUGGCUUAUGCACUUUCCACAAUGUUCCAAUAAAUGAUAGAAACCAAAAAACUUUCAAAGAACUAGCGGAAGAUCUCAUUUUACUAUUUGGGAAAAUGCCUGAUGGAUUGAGGGUUGAUCAGGUAAAAAAUAUCAUACCAAAAUGCAGCCCUGGUGUUGUGUUGUCAUUCAUCUGCACAUCUCCAAUAUUCAUUGAAUAUAUCAAAAAGUAUUUAAAUAAGCCUGCAGUUCAAUUGUACGUACUUUUUGACAGUGAUACUUAUUUUUGGACGACUUUAUUUCCUGAAGAUGAUACGACUUUAUUUCGUAACGAUAGAAAAUUCAUAAUAAAUCAUGAGUCCUUAAAGGCGUACAUCUGGAAUUUACACAAGGCAUAUCAAAGUCUGGGUGAGAGAAGUCUGUAUAAGACAAUCUUGUAUAAUACAAGUUUGUUCAAGACAAGUUUGUAUAAGACAAGUCUGAAGCCACUGGUUAUGUCAGAAUUUUAUAGCAAAAUGCCAGAACUGAAAAAUGAUUUUAAAGAUAGCGAUCGUUUGUUCAAGGAAUGUAAUGAGCUAUCUUCGUUGCUUUAUGCUGGUAAUUAUAAUUUGAUUUCAGGAAAAACUUUGAAGUAUAUAGCAGAAUUAUCACAAUUCGCCGCACAAAAUAUCCAUGUUGUCAAUGGAAACCUUGAACGUGGCUACCCAUUAAUAUGUGAUAUACUGGAGGCCCGUAGGUACAGAUUGAUUUCAGAAAGUAUUUCAGCUCAUCUGAGAAUAAAAUCAUACUUUACUGCAACUAACGGUGAUAGUUUCUUCCAAUUGAAGGAGAGAUCUCUUUCUGAUGUCAGUGAAACAACUCUUACUGUCUCUGAAGAUAUGAAGAAAUCAUAA